AUGGCCAAGUAUAACCCAUCCAAUACUGAGCACUCUGACUCCAUUCAACACGCUCAAAGUUUUAUCUCCUUCUUCCUUCACAGCAAACAACUUCUGGAGGUUGAAGAUGGGGUUCCAUGAAUGGAGGGCAAGUGCCCAUGUCGUCUUUCUCUCUUCGAUUUUAUUUGACCUGAAGUUCCCAUUACUGCCAAUAUUUGUAUAUGUAAUCAAAAUUCCACAAAACCAAAGAAGCCCCACAAAGCCUGUGAAAAUCAGAACUAGUAUAGCUCCUGUUGACAUUGAUUCUGCAAGAGCCUCUUGAGGAACAGUCAUGAUUGUUUCAAUUUCGAAAAUAUAAGGCAAUAUCGGUUAAGCUUUGUCCUUAAUAAAGUCAAUUGUGUCUUUAAAGCUUUCUUGAUUGCUACAUUCCCUUCAAGUUCGUAAACCCAUUUUGAUUACAGGAGCUCCCAGAGACUAAAUUAAAAUAGUCAGAAAGAUAUAGUCUAAUUCUGGAGUGGCACAGGAAGAAAAAUCUCAGAGUUAGUUCGAUCCUUUAGCACUAUUCAAAGCCAUAAUAGCGAGCUCUUUCAGCCCAUCAGGAUUGUGGAUCUUCCUCAUAUGUUUCAAACAAGGAGUGUCAUCAUCUUUAACUAUUUCUCAAAGUCUCACUACCUCAUUCUGAGCCUUCACUGACAUCAAAGGUAUAAGCAUGAAUCAUACAAAUUUGU